UCAUGGAUCACGGGUCGAGUUUUACUGUUAUUUGUGUUCUGUGUUCCAGUGAGUGAUUUGAGGAUUGUUCUGCUGGGGAAGAAUAUAACAGAAAACAACAGAGUGGGAAACUUCAUCUUAGGAAGAGCAGCGUUUGAGAGUGAAGCACCUGCUGAUGUAGAGCUGAACAUUGAGAAACACAGAGGAAAACUGAAGGACAGAGACGUCACAGUCAUCAACACUCCUCACCUGCUGAGGCCAAAUCUGUCAAUCACUCAGAUCACACAGGGAGUGAAAGAGUGUGUGAAUCUGUCUGCUCCUGGACCUCAUGUGAUCAUACUUGUACUGCAGCAGAACGACUUCAGUGACAAUAACAGACAUAGAGUGAAAUAUGUGCUGAAUGAAUUCAGUAAGGAGGCUCCUAUACACACUUUAGUGUUGACUGAUGAGAAAGAGAUACACAAUAACUGUAUUCAUCAAUUAAUAAAGGAGUGUGGAGAUGAACAUCUUCAGUUUGAUGAAAGAAAAUCAGGUUUACACUCUGAGAUACUUGAAAGAGUGGAGAAGAUACUCAAAGAAAACCAGGUCCAGUUUCUUAUCUCUGACUUGUGUGAGGAAGCAGGAGAAGAAACACCAGAAGAUGGAGAGAAGAAGAGAUCUGGAGGUUCAGUCACAGCAGAAGAAGAGGGAGAUUUUGAUCAUGAAGAUGAUGGAAAAAUCAAACAGAGAAACAUAGAGAAAAAGGAAGUCGCUGUCCAAAGGAAAACGUUGUGCAUGGCAUCCUCCAGUGUUCCAGCACUAAAUGAGGAGCUCCAGUGCUCCAUCUGUCUGGAAGUGUUCACUGAUCCAGUCACCACUCCAUGUGGACACAACUUCUGCAGAACCUGCCUGAGCAAGAGCUGGACAAACAGAAAGAUCGGCUUCUGUCCACUCUGUAAAAAAGAAUUCAGCAAAAGACUUGAUCUCAAGAUUAAUUCAACACUCGGAAAGCUUGUGCAACACUUUAAUAAGCUUAAUCAAGAAUCUAAAGUGUUCUGUGACAUCUGUGAUGAAAGAAAGCAGAAAGCUGUGAAGUCUUGCCUGACGUGUCAAAGCUCUAACUGUGUCUCUCAUCUGGAGCUUCAUCUCAGAGUCCCCCAUCUAAAGAAACACACACUGAUCAACGCUGUGGAAAAUCUGGAGGAUUAUAUAUGCCAGAAACAUGAGAGACCUCUGGAGAUGUUCUGCAGAGAUGAUCAGACGUGUGUUUGUCUGUUCUGCACUGAAGGAGAACACAGGACUCACAACACUGUUCCUAUAGAGGAGGAGAGUCGAGAGAAGAAGACACAGACAGACGAGCAGCAGAUGAUCCAGAAGAGAAUGAAGAAGAUUCAAGAGAUCAAACACUCAGUAAAGCCGAGAAAAACUCUCGUCUCCAAUGAUGGUUUCUUUACUUCAUCUCGAACCGUCCACAUUUCAAACAGGAUGAUUAUUGGUCUGGGUGUCCUGUUGAUAGCAGUGUUGAUCAUCUUACCUACACAAUACACCAGAUUUCAGUCUGAGCAGCUGAAGAUGAAGGAACAGCAGAAAGCAGCAGAGAAACAGGCUGAAGAUCUCAUUAAAGAGCUGAAGAUGAUGGAGGAACAGCAGAAAGCAGCAGAGAAACAGGCUGAAGAUCUCAUUAAAGAACUGAAGCAGGAAAUCACUGAGCUAAAGAAGAGAAACACUCAGCUGGAGCAGCUCUCACACACUGAUGAUCAUUUUCAUGUCAUACAGAUGUUCUCAUCCCUGUACAGUAUUUCACACACCAAGAUCUCUGAUGUGGACGAGAAAUCUCUGAAAAGAGCUCUGAAUCUACUGAAGGAACAACUAAAUGAAAAACUCAUUCAAACUGAGUUGAAGUUUGUGCAGAAGUUUGCAGUGGAUGUGACUCUGGAUCCUGAUACGGCACAUCCACGUCUCAUCCUGUCUGAUGAUGGAAAACAAGUCAGUCAUGGAGACAUUAAGCAGGACGUCCCAGAAAACCCAAAGAGAUUUGAUACUUGUUCUUGUGUUCUGGCAAAGCAGGGAUUCAGUUCAGGGAGAUUUUACUAUGAGGUGCAGGUGAAGGGAAAGACUGAAUGGGAAUUAGGAGUGGCCAGAGAAUCCAUUAACAGGAAGGUGAUGAUUUUACUGACUCCUGAGAAUGGAUACUGGACUGUGUGGCUGAUGAAUGAGAAUCAAUACGAAGCUGGUGAAAGUACACGUGCCUCUUUAUCUCUAAGAGAGAAACCUGAGAAGGUGGGAGUGUUUGUGGAUUAUGAGGAGGGUCUGGUCUCUUUUUCUGACGUGGACUCCAGAUCUCAUAUCUACUCUUUCACUGGUCAGACUUUCACUGACAAACUCUAUCCAUAUUUUAACCCAUGCGAUAAUGAUGAAGGUAAAAACUCAAAGCCACUGAUCAUCACACCUGUCAACUGAAACAAACAAAAAACAUCAAAUCUGAACAGAUUAAAUAUGGAUGUGAUGAUUUUAGAAUAUGUAAAUAAAAACCAAAGAAGAAUUUACACAAUCAAGUAUAUUUUACUUUUUAGAAAAUUAAAAUGUGACACAAGUGCAAAAAAGAAAAUCAGUCACUGACAAAACAUGAACUAUAAUGAAAUAUUUGUGAGUUAUAUGUACAAGUAAAUGGCAAAUUUGUUACACAUCUAUAUAUUUCUUUUUGUCUUUCAUUUAUACUUUGAUUUUCAAAUCUACUAUGAAAUUGUUUCUACAUGAUAUUUUGUAAAGAAAUUUCUGAAGCCAUUUUCUCUCUCCUCUCCAGCUGUUAACACUAAAUUACUUGUGAAAUAUUGUGAUUUUUGGUUUAUAUUGUAAUAUCUGAAUAAAGUCAAGAGUUUAAUUCUAUAACUGAUAUUGCAUGUAAGCUAAAUUGCUAAUAAAUAUGUAAAUACACA